AUGUUUCGAGAUGCGCUGCUCAUUGGCGCCUACGAGUCGCCGGUUCGUCGUCUUGGUGGUACUUGUGUUGGGAACUUGUGCUUCAGGAAACCGCAUCCGUGAGCAGAAAGCCUCGACAAAUCCUGACUGUGAAAAUGGACAAAACAACGAUACCCGGAACUCCGACGAAGAAUCGGCCCGUCAAUGGUUAGAGGCUUAUGAGCGCGAUCAGCUGCCUCUGUGUUUGGCAAACACCGAGGCUGCCUGGAACCAAGCGAGUAACAUCACCGACUACAACGCCAAGAAAGCGGCUGAGUGGGCGGAGAAGCAGGUCGAGUUCGGAGGCAAGAAAGGUCGUGAAGCUUUGAAGUUCAAAUGGAAGGAUUUCCGCGACGCGAAUCUCCGCCGAGUGUUCAAACAGCUCACCAAUCUUGGUGUCGCUGCUCUCCCCAAGGAGAAAGCGGCGGAACUGAUUCAGCUCCGCCAAGAGAUGGAAGCCAAUCACGCGAAAGCAAAAGUCUGUCCGUACGACGCCUCGGGCAAAGCCGAUAUCAAGCCUGAAGAUUGCACUCUGAGUCUCGAGCCUGAGAUCAAGAAUAUCCUCGAGAACUCGAACAAUUACGAUGAGCUCCUCCACGUCUGGUCGCAAUUUCGAGAGAAGGCCGGAAAACCUGUCAAAGAAAAAUGGAUCCGAUCGGUCGACAUGCUCAAUGAGGCAUCUCGUGCGAACGGGUUGAAAGACUUCACUGAGGACUUGUUGGACAUAUACACCGAGGAAUCCCCUGAUUUCGAGAAAGACCUCGAGGAACUGUGGCGGACUCUCACUCCUCUCUAUCAACAACUCCAUGCAUACGUCAGAUCAAAACUCAUCGAAAAGUACCCCGGCAAAAUUAGACCGGACGGCCCCAUUCCCGCGCAUCUUCUGGGCCAUAUCCACGCACAGCAUAUCGCGAUCAAAAACAUUGAGCCAUACAAGGGUCGACCAACAUUGGACGUGACCGAGAAAAUGGUCAAAAGAAACAUGACGGCGAGGGACAUCUUCAAGCUCUCCGAAGAGUUCUUCACCUCACUGGGACUGAAACCGAUGCCUCAGGAGUUUUGGAAUCGAUCCAUACUCGAGAAGCCUAACGAUGGUCGCGAGCUCGUUUGUCAUGCGAGCGCCUGGGACGGCUGCGGAACCGAUCUCGUCAGAAUCAAGCAAUGCACCGCAAUCAAAAUGAGCGACAUGAUCGUCGCCCAUCACGAAAUGGGCCACGUUGAGUACUAUUUACAGUACCGAGAGCAACCCUCGUACUUCCAAGCCGGAGCCAAUCCCGGCUUCCAUGAGGCUGUCGGUGAUACACUCGCACUGUCGGUGUCAACGCCAAAACAUCUCCGUGCCAUCGGAUUCCUCGAGGAAAGCGAGAUGACCGAGGAAGAUACGAUCAAUUAUCUGCUGAAAAUCGCCACCGACAAGAUCGCGAUUUUGCCGUCGGCGUACUUCUUCGACCUUUUCAGAUGGAACGUCUAUCGUGGAAAGUACGACAAAACCAAACUCAACGACGAAUGGUGGAAAUUACACCUCGAGUACGCGGGAUACUGUCCGGGAGUCCGUCGCACCAACGAGGACUUCGACCCUGCUUCGAAGUACCACAUCUCUUCAGGCACUCCCUACAUCCGAUAUUUCGUCGCAAACAUCCUGCAAUUCCAGUUCUACGAAGCUCUCUGUGACGCUUCCGGCCAUCGGGGUCCCCUCCACGAAUGCGAUUUUUACCGGUCGAAAAAAGCCGGAGCCCUCAUGGGUGAUAUGCUCAAAUUGGGCUCGUCUCGUCCUUGGCCUGAAGCGCUCAGAGCCAUUACCGGGGGCAGAACCGGCAAAAUGGACGCUCGUCCCAUUAUGAGGUAUUUCCAACCGCUCCAUGACUGGCUGGUCAAAUACAACGCGAACAAUUUCGUGGGUUGGAAGUCGAAUGAUGCCACGGUCUGUCCGACUCCGUGAGUCGCACGACUUGUCUGUACAUAGGGGCUUGUGAUAGUCGAUGCAGUCUCCCUGAACAUCAGUGAAUGGCGAUUCGUGAUUAGCGACCUCAAGGACCCAGUUGGCGUCUUCGCAACCGACUGGGAACUAGAAAUCUCAAUUCGGCGGGAGAGAGCUCAUAGGGAAAGAGGACGCUGACCGUGAAAGAAAACUUUUCGAAAUAGAUUAAAAUUACGAAAUAUCCGUAGGUUUGCUCUGCGAACCUAAAAGGUGUGGGUCGAUUGAAGUUCCAUAUCAUUGAGGGAUUCAAUCUGACCUGGUGGGCGUUUUCACUAGAGACGGGAAACCGGAGUCUGCGGAUGAGUGUUUUCGCAGCAAAAUCGAAUCAGAUGAAUGUCAACGAGUUCUAAUAAAGGUGCCGUUCGGUAACAUGGUUU